AUGUCGACUGAAAUGGAAGUCGACCCGCCCGUCGCUCAGGACGACGCACCGCAAGGCGACGGCUUCGAGCCUAGAACUCAGUCCAACUCUGUCGCCGUGCGCAGUAUCGAGGGAUGGAUUGUGAUCGUGUCCAACAUUCACGAGGAAGCCUCAGAGGAGGAUGUCACGGAGCUCUUUGCCGAGUACGGCGAGAUCAAGAACUUUAACUUGAACCUGGAUCGACGGACAGGUUAUGUUAAGGGAUACGCCUUGAUUGAAUACUCGACCCUGCCCGAGGCCAGUGAGGCCAUCAAGAAUCUCAACGGAACAAAGUUACUCGACCAGACCAUCUCAGUUGACUAUGCGUUCGUUCGUCCACCCCCGUCCGGCAAAGGCAAGGCCGGAGCUAAAAAUGGCCGUGGCGGCGCCAGUCGUGGUCGCAGCCGCAGCCCGGAUCGCAGCCGCAGCCCUGAGGGUGACCGCAACUAA